CUCAAUCAACGGAAGCUAGCUUUUGCUCAUCUUGAUAAAGGAACGUCCACUCUAUCUGCUAAUCAGACCAAAGGGCAAAAGUCUCAUCUUUUCAAACUUUUGCAACAACGAUGUAGCACCGUGCCUCUAAAUGUUACCCAAAACUUACUUCAACAAAAUGAAAUACUUGAGCAGAAAAUCCGUCUUACCUAUAAAGAAAUUGAAAAUAACAGUUUAGGCCUAGAACAUUUCUACAGAGAACUGGGAAAACUAUACGAGUUGGCUCAGACUUUCCCAAAAGAACCAAACAAUUCGAGGCUCAUUUCGUUGCCCACAUUUUACGGUGAGUUGUUGGCCGAAGGGCACGCAAUAGAAUUAUUGGACGGGGACAAUGGUCACUUUCAUGGAGUUUGGUUUGACCAGAUUUGCCACUCUAUUUGCAAUAUCAACCCAAAAAUCCGGAUUUUUGUAAUUAGCAUAAUUGGACUACAAUCCUCAGGCAAGUCUACAUUGUUGAAUGCUCUAUUUGCUUGCAAGUUCGCCGUCUCCGUAGGUCGAUGUACCAGAGGACUCUUUAUGCGCCUACUGUUUUUGGAAGAUGACUUGAAAGGAGAAUACGGAGUGGAUGCUAUUUUACUAGUUGACACUGAAGGACUAGGGGCCCCAGAAAAGAUGAAUGACCCAGACUGCGAAAGAAAGGAUAGACAACUUGCCACCUUUGCUAUGAGUAUCAGCGACUUAACUUUGGUAAACGUUAUUGGAGAAUCCGUUCGGGACCUCACUGAAAUUUUGCAAAUAGUUAUUGUCACCAUGGCUCGACUUGAUAAGGCCGAAAUGACUCCAGACAUUUUAAUGGUGCAACAUUUAACAGAAAGAGAUGCAACAAAAACCCUGCGAGGUUCCGAGGAAUUUUGUAACGCCAUAAAAGAAGCUAUUGACUUGACUGAAAAGAAAGAAAUGGACAUUGGAAUACGGAACAGCAAGUCCCUCACCAAACUUCUUCAGCGGGUACAGAAUGGGUCGCAUCUCAAGCAAUUUCGCCCUUUCAAAAAUGGAUCUACUGUAAAUGCUCCACCGUCAAUGGAGUAUCACGAAGAUGUUGUUGAGUUGUAUUCAAUAAUUCUGGAAUCCGUGAAACAAAAAGUCACUCAAUAUCGGGAUCGAGAGUUUUGCACUUGGCACAAUUUAAUUGGAAGUUACUGGGAAGCUGUAGAAGAGCAGGAUUUCACACUUCGAUUCAAGAACAUCGCGGCAAUAAAUGAAUUUAUUGAUCGAGGAGUGAAAAUUGCUAAGGUUAAGCAGGCAGCAGAGAAAUCGUUUUCCUCUCACGCCGCGAAACACAAGGUCGCGUUCUCGGCCAAAAUCAAGGAAUUAGAAGACAAUUUAAAAAUGGAAUCGUGGGGAGUUGAAAAAGAAAAUCUAAUGAAUAUUGUAAAAAUCGAUCUCCGGUCAAUUCCAAUUUCGUGUGGGUCCACUAAUUCUAACCCACCGUUCGACCAGUGUUCAACAUUUUUGACGCUGAGAAACGAUCUGUACACACAAGUUGAAAACCAGCCUUGUGAAGUUGAUACAAAAGACACAAUACAAAAAUUUAUCAUAAGGACGCGCGAAGGAAUAAUUCAGCAACUGGAUCAGGAAGCGAACGCUAGGAAAAUAAGAUUUGGAAAAUUUUCUGAGCUGGAUCACAUAAUACAGAAAUGCCUCCUCGAAAGUGGAGAUGACGGCUACAGCGAGCGGAAAGUUGAAAUGGUGCUACCAGCUGUUAAACGGGAGGUUUCAACUAUGCUAAAAGUAGUCCCAGUAAAGACAAGGAUUAUGGAUGAAAUUAGAAAUUACUAUAAAAAUGACUCUGCUGUCCUGCAAGGUUUGAAUACUGGUCGUAUUAUCUUCAAAGAAUUUCGUGACAUUGAAGCAAUAGAUCCUAACUGGUAUAAAAAAAUUAAAAACGCCGUGCUAGGGUCCGAUGGCACUCUUAGUUUGCAUCUAAUUAAUGAACUGGAAGCUACUUUGGGAAAUUUGCCUGUGCAGAUGCUGAAGGAAAGAAAAGAAGACAUUUUUCAGAAUGGAAUGACUUGGACUUUCCGAACAAACGUAAACGAAAUUUUGCAAGCAUUCGAAGACCAAAGGCUCGAGAAAAAAAAGCUAAACUCGAACUUCAAAUGGGAGGCCCAUUUAUUUGCCCUUAACAAAUAUUUAGUGGAGAUGGAGAAAAGGGAAAAACUGUGGAAACGUGAUAACGACCCCUUACAUAUUUUGGAGAAUAAUAUAUCAACUUACAGAGAGAUGAUAAAAGUCCGGCUGGAGAACGGAUAUGGAUCAGAGGCGGAAGGGAAGAUUUUAUGCAAACUAUUAUUUGAGGCGAUUAGGAAACGCGCACAACAAUUUGCAGACAAUCAUCAAAUUACGUUCGUUCAAAGUCAAUCCUGGCUAUCAAAUGGACAAAGAGUCCGUCUAAAGUAUUUUGCUGGAUUGGCACGACAAGUAAAUGAACAAAAUAAGGAACCAGCAUUGCAACAUUUUAAAAAUCCAAAGAGAGCAAUUAAUCAGUGGUUUAAAACUAAACUGAAUUCAUUCACAAAGGAAAGAGCAAUCAGAGCUUUUAAGGACACUAUUGCGGCAGAACUAGCCAAUGUAAGACAAAACCUUGCAAAUUCUGCGGAUUAAUUGACCAUGAAACGUUUUGCGGAUAGCUAUCUCAACGUUUCAAAUGAAAUGGUGUACAAACCAAAACAGACACCUGAGCAAGUUGACUUCGUUCAGCUUAAGAUCUCGCUAUUAAAAGCUUUUAUGGAAAGUGAGAAAAGACAAGAAUUGGAGGAAAACAUUACUAUCGUGGAUCUGUCAGAGGUCGAAAGCUUGCAAAAUUUGAUGGGUUGUACUUUUCAUUGUCUUCUAUGCAACGGGAUUUGCUGGGGCGCAAAUGGUCAUGAAAACGAUAGCGGUCAGCAAGCCAAACAUCACACUUGCCAUCAACCCAUGGGUUUGGCGGGAUGUAGUAAUAAAUACACCAAAGUACUCUUGCACCGCUCUUGUGACAUGGAAAGGGACAGUAAUGUUUGGUGGCACAAUAACGAAGAGAAGACCACAUGGAAAAAACUCACUUACCUCCCAGAAUAUAGAAAUUGGAUUUAUGAAGGACACUCAUAUAUGAAGGAGUUCGAUGACUUGAUGAAAUGGUUUUUUGUAAAUCUUCAUGCAGAUAUUGCUUCUCGAUCUGAGGGAAAAUAUGCACCAGCCAAUAUCCCUAGUGGCUUUCUUAGCUACGAAUUUAGUAGUAUUUUGUCAACCAUUCAAGCAAAAAUUGGAUUUGAGUAAGAGAGACAUUGAUUUAAUGGAGCCGAACAUAUUUUGGAUUGCAAAUGUUAUACUGUUUGUCGAUGCAACCUUGAUGGGUGUUUACACAUUUUGUUUAGUAGUAAUUAAAUUUAUUGCAUUUUGCUAUCACUAUUAGAAAGUUAAUCAAUUGCAUGUGUUAAUUUUAAAUAGCCAUAAUUCACCAUGUGGGUCCAACAUUUUAAUCUAUAAUAUUUCACAAAAACAAGAAUAAAUGCGUUGAUAGAUUAAUGGAACAUGAAAAUCGAUGUGAAAAUUGAGGGUGUCCAAGAAAUGAUAAUAUAUGCAUGUCGUAAAUCAAUCUGAUUUUUAUGUAACUGAGAAAAUAAAGUUGACAGGGAAAACGAAAAAUUCAUCUCGGGCACUCGUUUCCCUUCAAAAAAUACAGUAAGUCACCCGUUACAGGUGACUCUGCUCUCAAGUGAAAGCUCAAAUUAUAAAUGAAUGAUUUAUGAGGAGAAAUCCAGGAAGACAAGGAUGAGAUACGACGUAAUAGAAAACAAAUAACUCUAAAAAAAGUAGCGAACUUUGCAAACAAUACGACCACGUUAUUACCACGUGCUACCCCCCAGCCCCUUCGUCACAAUUCGUGGAGGUGGUUUAUGGAGAGGGAAACCACGUGUAGGGGGAAGAUCGGAGAGAGGAGUGGGGGAAGGGUUUCGGAGGACGACCUCCGUUGAAAUGGGAAUGCGAUAGCUAACUAAACUGAAAUUAAUUGUGUUUUCUGAAUGUUUCUCAUCUUAAUUGAAUUUUAAAGUACGCAUGAUAUUGAUUGAACCAAGACGUAAAUAUGUCAAAACAAUUUCGUUGAGACCGCGUCGUCGCCUUAUCAGCGGGAUUACCCAACGGCGAGGUUGUGAUCAUUUAAAGUUCACACAUUUGAGUAGACUUGCGUGGACUAGACAAACAAAACAUCACGUGAUAACCUAAAGUACUCGUUACUUGAUUAUUAUGAAAUUGGAAUUGGAAUAGAUUUGGGUAGUUGGCAUUACACAAGCUGAAGACUCGCAAAUCUCACCAGGC